UGAAAUACACGCUUUAAAAUGAAUAUAGAAGAAUGCAAUCAUAUACGAAUAAGAGAUAGCAAUAAUUAUGCGAUGAAUGUGGAGCGAACAAUAAAACAGAUAGAAGACCUUUACCAGAUCGAUUUCCGAACAUUACCCCAAUGGCAAAAACUUGUACAACGAAUGCAUCUUCCAAUUACAGACUGCAAGCGAAAAAUUCAAGAUUCAAAACGUCGCAAAGCCACUAUCAUCGACAAACUAUGCAUAGAAUCAUGUAGGCCAUCACCCUUUGAGCUUACGGAUGAAUUGGCUAGGACUGCUAAGAUAUGGAAAGCAAUGCAAGCCAAUCUGAAGAUGAAGAAAAAAUCUAUUUUAAAUUUAACAGAAUCCCUUCAUAAAAGUGUACAUUCUGAAACUGAAUAUGAUGAAAUGCUGGCUGAUGAAAGUUUAGGACACCCAAACACCGAAGUUAAUGCAUCUGUGGAGCCAACUAUAGUAAAAAGUGAACCGGGUACAAGUACAAAAUCACAAAACUCACAUUUACCUCCUCUUAUCAGCAUAAAUCCGCACAGACGUAUAUCUUUGUUAAAUUCUGAUCAAAGCUUAAGCCACCAUCCAGCUGUAAUAGAGCCUAUAAAUUGUGCGAAGGAGCCUGAUGAAUGGUCAGUUUUACCCCAAAGCACAAAUUUAAUUAGCGUUCCAAAUAUGAUCACUAUUGAAAACCAAUCUCUAAUCGAACAAACCAUAUCGUUUGCAUUGAUUACCUUCAGUAGUAACCCGUAUUUAAAUUUGCGGUUCAAGGGAUUAACUGAUAAUACGCCAUUUAGACGAGCAAAAAUUAUUCCAAAUUAUCCGGUAAAAUUAUUUCCAGGUUUAGCAGUAAAUUUUAAGUUUGUUUUCGAACUUCAACCGAAUCCAAAAGAUUUUGUGGUUAAUUUAUUUUUUAAAGUGAGGCAGAGAGUUUUUGCUGAAGCUCCAGUGGAAGGAUUUAGCUUGCCAGUAGUCGGUACUUUCUAUAUAAAACCUGAGGCCAUACGUUUUACCGAAGAAAUAAAUAUACCACCUACGUACUUUUGGCACAUCAAUGCAAAAUGUGGUUUUCCCUUUAGUGGUGUUACUAUAGAAGUGCCUGAUAACCAUUGCUACAACUUGCAUAUAACCAAACGGAACAUGAAUCUGGUUCAAGGAUCAGAACAUGGUAUUUUCUCAGUGGAGCCCAUGACUCCCACCUCGGAAAUAGCUCAAAAAGAUCUUGACGAAGAAGUUACAGCUCAGAGUAAAUCAGUCGUUUCCUCGAUUGCAUGCCAGGAAGAAAUCGAAUUAGCCUCGAUUACAAACUUUAUUAUAUUAUCAAUAACUGAUGCCAUUGAACGGGCAUUAGAUGUUUUUGUUUUCGAAAAAACAUAUUUACCUUUGAAGCCCUUUUCAAAACAAACUAUUAAAGUUUACCAAACAAAAUUCGAACACAUAGGUUUCCAUCAAAGUCUUUAUGAGUUCAAAUUCACGGACCCUGAGACGGAAGAAACUCUUUGUAAAACAGUUAAAGUUUUCGGUGAAGCUUUACUGAAUCCUGUACAAAUUGAACCCGGUUUACUUGAUAUGACUGUGUCACCUAUCGUUCAAGGACGUUGUGAAGAUCACUUUAAAAUCACCAACAGUAACAAGAUAUAUCCGGUUACAGUAAAAAUUAAACUCACAUCAAAAAUGAAACAGCUGAUUAGUAUAACUCCCAUGGAAACUUUGAUACCUACUACCACGAGUGUCAGUUUUUUAGUAGGUUUUUGUUCUAAAGAUUUAAAUAAAAAUAUAAGGGAAGAUUUUGUACAUCUGACAAUUAAAAUUAUUGUGAUUGGAAAUAAGUCCCUGUAUCGUAAUGUGCCACCAAUAUAUUAUGAGAUUAUAGCACCUUGUUCAUCAGAAUUUUUAAAAUUGUACAAUUUUUGUGAUUAAUAUUUUGUGUACCUACCUAUUUGCUUUGAUGCACCAUUAUGUUAUUU